AUGCUUGAUGAGGAACAUGCAGCUCCAACCAGCUUCACUCUCCACCAAACCGACGCGAACCCGCUGGGGUCUACGGGACCAUCUCAGCUGUCCGGCCUAAUUGCCUCUCUGCCAUCCAUCUGUGUUGGUCUUUCAGUGGGUGUAGGCGGCGGCAUCGCUCGACUGGACGAGGGACACGAUAUCCGGCUAGGCGACGUUGUCGUGAGUCAGGCCUGUGGGACCACAGGCGGUGUCUGCCAGUACGACUUAAUCAAAGCAAAGUCUGCUGACAAGCGCGAACGUAAAGGCUUUCUCAAACGGCCUCCGACAGUCCUCCUCAAGGCGCUUAGUAGCAUCCAGGCCUAUCAUGAGCGGAAAGUCUCUAAGGUCUCCUGCCUCCUUCAAAAGAUGCUAGAGAAAACCCCGAAGAUGGGCAAGAGAUCUAAACAGAAUCCUGAAUAUACUCACCAGGGCUUCGAAAUUGACUGCCUCUUCAAAGCUUCGUGUGACCACGUCCCCGGCCCGGACUGUUGGGGCUGUGACACGGUUGGUGAGGUUCAGCGCGAUUCCCGAGACACCACCGACCCCGAGAUUCACUACGGGAUCAUCGCAUCCGGCAAUACACUCGUUAAAGACGCCGCUACGCACGAUCGGAUUGUUGCUGAGCUUGGUGAGGACUGCAUCUGCUUUGAGAUGGAAGCCGCCGGCCUGAUGAACCAUUUUUCCUGUCUUGUGAUCCGAGGGAUCUGUGACUACGCCGAUUCUCACAAGAACGAUCGAUGGCAACGCUACGCCUCGGCAACCGCCGCUGCAUAUGUGAAGGAGCUUCUGGCAUACGUGCCGGCUGCGGAAGUCCAAGAGACUAAGAGGGCACUGGAAGUGCUUACCCUCGAUCUGGUCAGCCAAAAAAGCUCAAUGUCGACGACAUUACGCGCGUUAAAGACCAUAUACAACAAGAUCCGCAUGUAA